GCAUCGCACUCUCGCUCACGUCGUUGUGUCUCGCUCUGCCCGGCACACCUCAAAUACACUCGUAGCUGUAUAGCUCAAAGCAUCCUUCAGCUUGCAUCGACAAACAACUUGUUUCUCGAUAGAGUCAAGACUCGAUAGUCCAUCUCGCAUAACCUAUACCUUCUCACUACGAUCGCUACAUCACACCACCUCAAAGACCCACAAACACCACGAUGCCCGCCGAUAUCCUGAUCCACCACCUCAACAAGUCCAGGUCCGAGCGUUUGUUCUGGGCUCUCGAAGAGCUCGGUCUCGACUACAAGGUCAAGGUCUGGCAACGUACCUCCGACUUCAAGGCUCCUCCUGACCUCAAGGCUAUCCACCCUCUCGGCAAGAGCCCCAUUGCCGUUGUCGAUGGCAAGACCUUGAGCGAGAGUGCCUUUAUCCUCACCAAGUUCGUCCAGUCGCAACAAACUUCCCCGGCCCCGUUCGACGACGAGGACACUUUCUGGUCUCACUACGCCGAAGGAAGCUUCAUGUUGUUCCUUCAGAUGAGCCGAGUCCUUCAGCAAGCCGCCAGUGUGACCCCAUUCUACGCCAAGACCAUCAGCACUGCGUUCGUUGGCGGGAUUCAUGACAAGUACCUCGAUAUUGAGAUCCAGAAACACUUUGACUUUGUCGAAGCGGGACUUGCGAAGAGUGCGACUCAAUGGUUCGGAGGCAAGGAUGAACCUUCGCUCGCCGACUACAUGAUGCUGUACCCCAUUCACGCCUGCAUCUCUCAACCCGACCGAGUCAAGGCCACUAUCGGUGAGAAGACCAGGGCCUGGUUGAAGGCGGUCGAGGCGAGGCCUGCUUACAAGAAGGGGCUCGAACGUCAAACCUCGGAGGAGAAGGCCAAGAAGUAGCGCUAGAGAGUGUCAGGAGCCGAGACGCAGCGCAUCGCCAUCGCCGUCCAGGUUCCAUCACUUAUCCCUUGCUGUCCAGCUCAGUCACUCCUCGAAUCUCCAAUCAUCUGGUCUCUCGGUCUCUCCGAUUUUCACGUCUUUCAGAGAAGCACCAGCGUGCACUCCAAUGCUGUUUCCUAUCAUGAGCCAAAGAGCUAUUUUCUGUCGUUUUUAAAUAUACAUGGAUUGAACUAGUCAUCAAAUCACCACCUACUACUCUAUUGCGAGCAGCAUAGUGUUCAAGUCGGCUCAAUACCACCUUCUCGUACCCAAGGUCGACGGCUGAUAGUAUACGGCAUGAUCUCGCC